UCCCAAAUAUGGGCUGGAAAUGUAACUAGUUCCGCCCCUCCGAACCGUUACGUCCUCUGGAAUAAGAAAACGGCACAGUCCGAGGACAACUCCCAGCCUGGAAAUUUAGGGGCGAGCAGGAAAAAGACAUUACCAGACAUAUUUCUCCGCUAUAAACCCUUUUGCUUUCAUCGGGAAGUCAUACAAAUUUGAUUUUUUUUUUUCUUUAGUUUUAUUUUUCUUUAACUGAUGGACGAUUUAGGAGUGUGUGAUACAUCCAACUACCCUCUCAGUCCCCGUAUUGUUAUGUUUGAUGCCCUUCUUGCUGAUCUGGAAAAUUCAGCCUUUCCUCUGGGUCGCUAUCCUGUUCUGCUCACCUCUGACCCUCCAGUGAAUUCCGAUCCCCCAUCCAGUGCUCAGGAUCCUGCCCAGAACCGGCCACUCCCUCCAGCAUACACCCCACAAAAAACUGUUUCUGCUGCAAUGAAGUCGAACGGCUCUCAGAACUCUAACCAAGACAAACUUUACAGUACAGUAUGUAAACCACGAUUCCCACGUACGGCAGACCCUCCUCCUGCUUUCUCCUCCUCCUCAGUUCUGGGUGGAGGGCUGAGUGAACUUGAUCACUUACUACAGGAGCUUAAUGCCACACAGUUCAACAUCACAGAUGAGAUUUUGGCACAAUUCCCCAGCACCAAAAAAGAUGAUCAGUUUUCAAAGUCUGGUCCAUCCUCUACUGGCUCAGCGAAACCCUCAGCUACAUCUGCUACUUUAGAGCUGGACAAACUAAUGGCGUCUCUAUCAGACUUCAGAGUCCAAAGCACACCAGCAGCACCUGUUGGUCCUGUGGCAUCUUCAUCACAACAAACAGCUUCUCCACCCUCUGCAUCCUCUGGAGGCUCAUUGGACAGCAUGUUGGGUCUUCUCCAAUCAGAUCUGAGCAGGCAGGGAGUGCCUACCUCCUCUAAGGGAAACUGUUCCGCCUGUCAGAAACCAGUUGUAGGACAGGUUGUAACAGCUCUGGGACGGGUUUGGCAUCCAGAGCACUUUGUUUGCUCUGAGUGUGAGUGUGAGCUUGGCAAUUGUAAUUUCUUUGAGAAAGAUGGUCGACCAUACUGUGAGCCUGACUACUUCACCCUGUACUCACCUCACUGUGCACAAUGCAACAAGCCCAUACUCAAUAAAAUGGUGACUGCGCUGGAUAAAAACUGGCAUCCAGAAUGCUUUAGCUGUGUGAAAUGCAGCUCAACAUUUGGAGAUGAAGGUUUUCAUGACCGUGAAGGCAAGCAGUACUGCCAGAAGUGUUUUCUGGCUCUCUUUGCCUCUCGUUGUCAGGGUUGUUCCCAGCCCAUAAUGGAGAAUUACAUCUCAGCUCUAAGUGCUCUGUGGCAUCCACAAUGCUUUGUUUGUAGGGAAUGCUAUAGCCCAUUUGUGAACGGGAGUUUCUUUGAGCAUGAGGGGCAACCCUUGUGUGAAGCUCACUACCACCAGUCCCGAGGAAGCGUGUGCCAGGCAUGCCAGGAACCCAUCCUGGGGCGCUGUGUCACCGCAAUGGGUGCCAAGUUUCAUCCACAGCAUCUGGUGUGCCACUUCUGCCUGAAACCCCUCAGCAAAGGCUGCUUCAAAGAGCAGGACAACAAACCAUACUGCCACCCCUGCUUCAUCAAACUCUUUGGCUGAGGAGAGUGAGGAAAGAUGAUAAAGCAGAUUACUCAAUUGCCAUCCAGCUUUUCAUGAAAAAAAUAAAUUGUUGCCAAAUAUACAUUGUAUGGCCAAAUGUACUGUAUGUGGACACACCCUUCUAAUUAACAGAUAUAACUAUUCUUAAUCUUAAAGGUGCACUAUGCAGGACCCCCCCCC